AUGGUGGAUUACUACCAAGCACUCAAUGUCCCACAAACUGCUUCUUCAAAUGAUAUUAAAAAAGCGUACAGGAGAAAUGCACUGAAAUGGCACCCGGAUAAGAACCCAGGGAAGAAGGAAUAUGCUGAAAGAAAAUUCAAAGAGAUAGCAGAAGCAUAUGAGGUGCUGUCAGAUGAUUAUAAGCGUGACCUUUAUGACCUCUAUGGAGUUGAGGGUCUUCUAAAUCUAAGUACAGGAACGGGAGCAUGCCCCAGCUCAACAGGGACCCCUGAUCUGUUCACAUUUCGAGAUGCGGAUGAGGUCUUCAGAGAAUUUUUUGAAGGACAAGAUCCCUUCACUGACAUCCUAGAAGACUUUUCAUCCUAUACUGAUGGACCUGGAGGAAUAUCUACCUGGACCAUGCCAGGAAGUGCUACUUUCUCCUAUUGCUCCUAUAAUGCUCCAGGCCAGACAGAUUUCUAUACUACUUUUGGCCCUGGUGCUGAAUUCGGAAUAGGAUUUCGCUCCAUCUCCACUUCUACAAAGUAUGUCAAUGGCAAACGGAUAACCACCAAAAGGAUUCUUGAACAUGGACAGGAGAAAUUAGAAAUUGAUGAGAAUGGUUUGCUCAAAGUGGAAGACGCCCAAGAUCCCAGCAGCAACCUGACAGCCACCAUUGAACCUAUCCAGCAGGAGCAACCUGAGAUCUUGAGCUCUGCAGCAGACAUGUGGGCUUUACCACGAUCGCAGAGUGCUGACUUCUCUUAUGCCUACCCUAGCAACGAAGACAAACAAUUGCAUCGGGCCAUGGCCUCUAGUCUGUCUGAAAUGGAGAAUGUGGGGCAGUACUUAGCACUUGCCCAGGGCUCAAAGAAGAGACGGAGUACCACUCGGCGACCACACACAAGAACUCUGGGACCCGGUGAAGAAGUGGCAUCUGCUCCAUUGGCCAUCAGAGCCAAGAGUCCAGGUGCAGGAGACAACAUUGAGAAACAGAGGAAGCACAAGCCACCUGAAGCGCCAAAAGUAGAAGUCGUUGUUGAUGUACCAAAGAGCCCAGCAGUGAAAGACUGUGCUGCCCCUAAUGACGUGCAGUAUGUCUUUCCUGAAAUUAUUCCUUCCCGCAGAGAGAGGGAAUCAAUCAUGUGCGCCAUUCUCUGA